CGUAAGGUCCAGCCUUGCGGAGAGAGCGCAACAAACAUGGCGACAGAGCGGAGCGGACAGGGGUGUCUUCUAACUUUCAUCGUGUUCCUCUGGAGCUCUGUCGGCGGGCGAACGGAGACGUCGAGCCCCGGCUCCAGCAGUCAGAUCCUGGGCAUGCGGCUGGAGAGGAGCGACAAAGCGGCCAGCACGACGGAGGACGGGCUCAUCCAGGUGACGGAGGAGAGCAGCGUCCUGCUCAGGUUUUAUGGGGUGCACCUGAACCCAGACGCAGCAUCCCACAUCAGGUUCACGGAGGACAGCGACGCGUUAAACAGGACUUGUGAGGAUUUCACCAAAGACCUGAGCAUCAGCACCUUCAUGAACGUGAGCAGCAGAGGGACGUCAGGUCUGGUGAGUGUGUAUGUGAAGCCACUGCGUAAGAGUGAACGAGAAAAGACCUACAGCCUAUGUGUCAGGCAGGGUUUGGGAGACAAUUGGGUCCAGCUGGGUGAAAAUGAUGGAAGAUUGUUAGUCGUAGAGGAGAAGGAAUCUCUUCUACCGCUUUGGCUCCAAAUCAUCCUGGUUUCAGGCUUGCUGGUGCUGUCUGGCAUGUUCAGCGGACUCAACCUGGGGCUCAUGGCGUUGGAUCCAAUGGAGCUUCGCAUUGUGCAAAGUUGUGGAACUAGUAAGGAAAAGAAGUAUGCGCGCAAAAUCGAACCCAUUCGAAGCAAGGGCAACUAUCUGCUUUGCUCUUUAUUGUUGGGUAACGUGCUGGUCAACACAACUUUGACGAUCCUGCUAGAUGAUUUGAUUGGGUCGGGGUUGGGAGCCGUGGUGGCGUCUACUGUUGGCAUUGUCAUUUUUGGUGAAAUCGUGCCACAAGCGCUCUGCUCGCGCCACGGUUUGGCCGUAGGCGCCAACACCAUCAUGCUGACAAAAUUUUUCAUGCUCCUGACCUUCCCCUUGUCGUUCCCCGUCAGUAAGCUUUUGGACUGCAUUCUCGGGCAGGAAAUCGGCACCGUCUACAACCGCGAGAAGCUGGUGGAGAUGCUGAAGGUCACCGAACCCUACAACGAUCUGGUCAAGGAAGAGCUGAACAUCAUACAAGGUGCUCUGGAACUCAGAACCAAGACGGUUGAGGAUGUGAUGACACCGUUGAGCAACUGCUUCUUGAUUCACACCGACGCCGUGUUGGACUUCAACACCAUGUCUGAGAUCAUGGAAAGCGGCUACACGCGGAUACCCGUGUAUGACACCGAGCGCUCCAACAUCGUGGACAUCCUGUACGUCAAAGACCUGGCCUUCGUCGACCCCGACGACUGCACCACGCUUAAAACGGUCACCAAGUUCUACAACCACCCGGUGCAUUUCGUCUUCCACGACACUAAGCUGGAUGCCAUGCUGGAGGAGUUUAAGAAAGGUAAAUCCCACCUGGCCAUCGUUCAGAAGGUGAAUAAUGAGGGUGAAGGAGAUCCGUUCUACGAGGUUCUGGGUCUGGUCACGCUGGAGGACGUCAUUGAGGAGAUCAUCAAAUCUGAGAUCCUGGACGAGUCUGAUCUCUACACUGACAAUCGUAACAGAAAGAAAGUGGAUCCGGACAAAAACAAGAGGGACUUUUCUGCUUUCAAACAUGAGAGGGAAUCCAAAGUCAAGAUAUCCCCACAACUAAUGCUGGCAGCGCAUCGUUUCCUCGCUACAGAGGUGAGCCUUUUCAGUCCGAUCCAGAUUUCAGACAAGGUCUUACUGCGAAUCCUCAAGCACCCGGAUGUCAUUCAGGAGAUCAAGUUCAACGAGAACGACAAGCGCUCGCAACAGCACUAUUUAUAUCAGCGCGGAAAACCUGUCGACUUUUUCGUCCUUAUCCUUCAGGGUCGGGUGGAAGUUGAGGACUUAUUUUUUUGGGGCUGUGGUUGUAUUUUUAAUUUCUCUUAUUAUGGUGUUGUUGCUUUGUAUGCAGGGUGGUUGGCUGUCACCCCCCCUCUCUCUCCUUCUGUGGUGUCGCCUCGUCCGCGCCGCCUUUCGCUUAAGAGGUUUUCUCUGUUCUCGCGUUUCCCAGAGUUUCGCUCCCCGUCUCACGUGAGUGGUCUGAACCGCUCGGCGUCUCUGAGCUGCACAGAGAGAGUCGACUCAGUGUCCAUCAGCGGCAGCAACAGUCAGCUCAAUACCAGCCCUGCGGCACAGUACAUCCCUGAUUUUAACGUGCGGGCCCUCACUGACCUGCAGUAUGUGAAGGUCACUCGUUCACAGUACCAAAACGGCCUCCUGGCUUCAAAACUGGACAGCACACCCCAGUCCCCAGAGAGCAGCCAUAUCCGUCUGGAUCCUGGCCCUCUUCCGCCCCUGACCCCUCCCAUGUCCACCACCGCGAACCACACCACAGCGCCGCCGGCUCCCAGAGAGAACGGUCCAGACGAGACCACCUCGCUGCUCAACGACAAGAACAGCCUGUCCAAACGGCACAUCCACGCUCAGAACCAGUCGCACCUGAACACCAAUGCCAACUCCAACAGCAGCCCGACGCCGCUCCCCAACCCUCAGUCGCAUCGCACGCACACCUACACGCACGCGCACACCGAGAGCACCAUUUGACCACACUAAUCUGGGGCUCCGAGAGCUCCAGAGCUGACCACAAGCACAAAUACACUGAGCGAUGCAGAGGACAGUGUGGUGUGUUCAAAUAGGUGCAUCAUCUUCAGCACUGGACGUGAUCUCACUGUGAUUCUAGGGGCUGCGGGUUCGGCCCCACGUCGAGUGUGUAGUCAUGCAGACUCCUGUAUGUAUGCUCUUGCAUGCUAAUCAUGUAGACACUCUCUCAAAGCUUCCGGCAUACAAGUGUGUUCGGUAUGCCACAAAUACCAUUUAAAGGCAUUAUACAACUCUUCGUCAGUAUCUAAUAGAAUUAUUGUACGAUAUGCACUUUUUAUAAUGUCUCUGACCCAGCUGCAAACACCUGUGUGCUGUUUUUCUGAGAUUUUGAGCAUAAGGGCACUUUGAGUCUCAUAAGCUAUUGUUGGACUGAACUAUCGUUUUAGCACACGUUCUGGUCUGGUUUUCCUGCUGUGUGUAGUGCUAUAUGAUUUUGGCAUCAAGCCAAGGCUGAUUUGGUAAGUGUGGCUACGUGAUGUAGCUGUAUGUGAUGCAAUCGUAGCUCUGCGUGACAAACGUGAAGGGAAACUCUGUAAAUAUAGUUUGGAGACGUGAAAUUUGCUGACGCAGAUAGGGUUUGGAGAACCCCACGUGGCCCAGUUAGUGCUCAAAACUGAGACAUUUGUAGCAAAAAAAAACAUUGAGCAUUGACCACUGCAAAUCCAAAUCUGUGAUAUAUGAUUCAAAAUAUUAUAUAAUAAUUUAUUUACAUAGUCAUAUAUUUAUUUUUUGUCUAUAGUAGUAAGUAUGUAUAUUUGAUUCAUAUUUUAUUUAUUUUAUUUUUAUUUUUUUUUGACACUAUUAUAAUUCAUCCCCACGGAAGAAUCUCACAAAAGUUUUAGUUAUAUUUCACAAUAAAAUAUUUAAUUUGAUAAAAUAAAGCCUGUUUAUACCAUUAAGAAUUUUUGCAUCAUAUUAUGCAUUAUUUUUAUGAGAAUUCAGCCCGUUUUAUUCACAAAUACUCAUUUAUAAUUCUCAUGAUUCUCAGUAGACAUGUAUUACUGUACUAGAAUUAUUUGUUCAUUUUAAUGAUAAAAAAGGUUUUAAAUCCAUACAAAUGCACCAUAAUGUAUCGCAAUAUUUUUUUUUCACUUUAUAGUAAUGAAAAUUAUAAAUAAUAUCACAAUGCAAAGAAUCUUAAUAGUCUUAAAUGCAUAUUGAUUUUGAUUUCGAGGUGAAAUAUGACCAGAGGUUUUGUAAGAUUUACCCAGUUCUUGAUCUCUUGACACAAAUGCUGUUUUCCACCAGCAUUCCCAUCCUCGGAAACAGACGCGAAAGAUGCUUGAACAGAAUUCACUGUGAACUGGAGUGAAACUACAUUGGUUUUGAUUCUCAUGCUUGUUUGUACGCGACUGAAUCUUCAGUUUCUCUUCCUGAAGUGUAAAGUCACUAGCACUGUUUAGAUUGUUAAAACUGUUUAGUGAGUUAAAAGUAAACAGAUUAUAGUUUAGUUAAAGGAAUAAUUCACCCAAAAACGUAAAAUUUACUCAGGCCAUCCGAGAUGUAGACGAGUUUGUUUCUUCAUCAGAACAGAUUGGGAGAAAUUUAGCAUUACAUCACUUGCUCACUAG